CCUCUCUGAGGUCGUCACAGAGCACUGGCCAACCGAACUUCUUACUUGCUGCUUCUGUUUUCUGGCUACAGCUGAUUCCGGCAGCUUUUGCCCACCACCUGGGCAAGGGUGCUCCCGCAGGAGCGGAUUCCCGGUGGUCCCCGCCUCCGGCCCGUGUGAUCACCCUGAGCGCUGCCCGGCCGGGGUGUUUUUCUCCAUAGGUGGCCUCUCAGGACGGUCCCCCAGGAGCCCCUCUCGGGGGUCACAGUGGAGACAUGGCCUGUCACUCCAGGUGACUUAAUCGGUGCGGAAAGCCCAGCUGGAAGCCUUCUGUUGGUUUUCUGCCUCCCAACACAAAUGCUCUUCAGGUGGUGGUGACCUGACAUGGACUCUCAAAGAAAGGCCUUUUGAUCCCAGGCUGGGGAGGCCUGUCCCGGCGUGCUCCCGGCUGCCUCCCUGUGGAACCCUGGCGCCCAGCUGCCCGGCCGGGCCUCUGCUGGGAGGCAGCUGACCUGAAAGUGUUGUUAUUUUUUUUAACGUGGGUUUUAGUACCCAGAGCAAUAAUAUUUUCAGCUGGCUAUUGAGGCUGAUUAGUGAGCCUCAGACCUCCGUUUGGUUAAAUAGAGCCGCCUUCGCAGAGGUAUUUUGGGACGGUGCAAAUCCAGGGCUCUGCAUGGGAUUGAGUUACCCCCCAAAAGGCAGAAUAUGAAGUUACUCCAGAUGAAAAACUGGGAGAAAAAGGGAAGGAAAUUAUGACCAAGUACCUCACCCCAAAGUCCCCAGUUUUCAUCACCCAAGUUGGACGGGACCUGGUCUCCCAGACGGAGGAGAAGCUCCUUCAGAAACCCUGCAAAGAACUCUUCUCGGCCUGCGUGCAGUCUGUCCACGACUACCUGAGGGGAGAACCCUUCCACGAGUACCUGGACAGCAUGUAUUUUGAUCGCUUUCUCCAGUGGAAGUGGUUGGAAAGGCAACCGGUAACCAAAAACACUUUCAGGCAGUACCGAGUACUAGGAAAAGGGGGCUUUGGGGAGGUCUGUGCCUGCCAGGUUCGGGCCACAGGUAAAAUGUACGCCUGCAAACGCUUGGAGAAGAAGAGGAUCAAAAAGAGGAAAGGGGAGUCCAUGGCCCUGAAUGAGAAGCAGAUUCUGGAGAAGGUCAACAGUCGGUUUGUGGUCAACCUGGCCUAUGCCUACGAGACCAAGGAUGCCCUGUGUUUGGUCCUGACCAUCAUGAACGGCGGGGACCUGAAGUUCCACAUUUACAACAUGGGGAACCCCGGCUUCGAGGAGGAGCGCGCCCUGUUCUACGCGGCAGAGAUCCUGUGCGGCCUGGAGGACCUCCACCAUGAGAACAUUGUCUACAGAGAUUUGAAACCUGAAAAUAUCCUGUUAGACGAUUACGGCCACAUUAGGAUUUCGGACCUGGGCCUGGCCGUGAAGAUCCCCGAGGGAGACCUGAUCCGCGGCCGGGUGGGCACCGUUGGCUACAUGGCUCCAGAGGUCCUGAACAACCAGAGGUACGGCCUGAGCCCCGACUACUGGGGUCUGGGCUGCCUCAUCUACGAGAUGAUUGAGGGCCAGUCGCCCUUCCGCGGCCGCAAGGAGAAGGUGAAGCGGGAGGAGGUGGACCGCCGGGUGUUGGAGACAGAGGAGGUAUACUCGUACAAGUUCUCCGAGGAGGCCAAGUCCAUCUGCAAAAUGCUGCUCACCAAAGAUGCAAAGCAGAGGCUGGGCUGCCAGGAGGAAGGGGCCGCGGAGGUCAAGAGACACCCCUUCUUCAGGAACAUGAAUUUCAAGCGCUUAGAGGCCGGGAUGUUGGAUCCCCCCUUUGUUCCAGAUCCCCGGGCCGUGUACUGCAAGGACGUCUUGGACAUCGAGCAGUUCUCCACGGUGAAGGGUGUCAACCUGGACCACACGGACGACGACUUCUACUCCAAGUUCUCCACGGGCUCUGUGCCCAUCCCGUGGCAAAGCGAGAUGAUAGAAACAGAGUGCUUUAAGGAGCUGAACGUGUUCGGACCCCACGGUACCCUCUCACCGGACCUGAACCGAAGCCACCCUCCGGAACCGCCAAAGAAAGGGCUGCUCCAGAGGCUCUUCAAGCGUCAGCAUCAAAACAAUUCCAAGAGUUCACCCAAUUCCAAGACCAGUUUUAACCACCACAUCAAUUCAAACCACGUGAGUUCAAACUCCACCGGAAGCAGCUAGUUGCAGCUCUGGCCUGAAGUCCACGGUGGGACCAGCCUGGACCCUUCUUCUUAGAAGCAGAAUUGCAACCGGAGGAGCUCCCACCCUGGCGGACGGGCGGGGAAGCCCUCCAGGAGCCGGGGAAGGAGGCGGCCCCCCCCUGAGAUGGGGAGCCUCCCAGUUCCUCAAAGAGAUUUCCACUCAGGUCUGUGUUUGGAGGCGGCCCUCGAGCCGAGAUGGAUUGGACGUGUCUCUGGCGAACAUUGCAAUAGAAAUCCAGUCGGAUACAACUUGCACGUAUUUUAAUAGCAUCCUAAUAACUAGAACUGAAUUUUGUCUUUAUUAUUUUUAAAGAAAAGUUUUGUAAAUUUC